ACAGCAGUGAGAGACUGAUGACCCACAGCACAAGAGCAGCAGCGAGAGCCGUGGACGGGAGCGCGGAAUGCUGGAGCUUCUGCGGAGAUUAAAGACAAAUAUUUCCUUUUACCCUUAAUCGUAUUUGCAAGCCUUUCACUGACAUAAUGCCCUCGUUUUACCUGAAGUGUCUGCUGCUGAUUCCGUUGUGUGCGUAUGUGGAGUCGAAAAAUGUCUCAGCACGGGGACGGAUGUUUGUCAUGUUUCCUGAUCAAUUCACGGAUGAACCAAUCCCACCGGAGUACUUCCCAGGUGAUGACGAUGUCAAACUGAACCGCUCUACUGGAGUCUGGAGGCGGAACAUCACUCAGACCAGAAUGUCGGAGGAGGCACUGCAGUUCCUUAGCGGCCCCGUGUCCACCAUCCUCAUACCUUCCUUCUACACUCUGGUGUGCGCCCUCAGCUUGCCCAUCAACAUAUUUGCAGUUCUGGCCUUCGCUCGAGGGAUCCAGCCCAAGAAACCGGCAGCGAUCUAUAUGCUGAACCUGGCCUGCGCUGACAUGCUCUUUGCCAUGAUGCUCCCCUUCAAGAUCUCCUACCACUUCGAGGGAAACGACUGGAGAUUUGGCUCCAUCAUGUGCCGUGUGGUGACCGGCGCCUUUUACUGGAACAUGUACUGCACCGUUCUCCUCAUCGCUUGCAUCAGCGUGGACCGGCUUCUUGCCGUUGUUUACCCCAUCGACUCGCUGGCGUGGAGAAGGCCGCGAAACUCGGUCAUCGCCUGCGUGACCAUGUGGAUCCUGUCCUUCGCUGCUUCCAUGCCUCUCGUCAUCUCCGAGCAGACCGUCUUUGUCAGAGAUCUAAACAUCACCACCUGCCAUGACGUCCAACAAGCGGCCAACAUAUUCUGGAUUAAGAUAUACUUCAUCACCCUCUGCUGCGCCCUCUUCUUCCUGCCUCUGCUCGUCACAGUGGUGUCCUACACUCGGGUCAUCUGGUCGCUAAAUAAAAUCGCAAAAGGGCUCCAAGGAACCUCACGGAAAAGAACGAGAGCCGUGGUGAUGGCUCUGACGGUGCUGGUGAUAUUCGUGCUGUGUUUCCUGCCCACCAACUGCCUGCUGUUGGUACACUACCUGCUGUUCAAGGACUCGAUGGAGAAAGACCACGAGACCCCCGACGGAUCCUACGGGCUCUACCUGGUCUUCCUGUGCUUGGGAAGUUUGAACUGCCUCCUGGAUCCUCUGGUCUACUACUUUGGAUCGUCUCAGUGCCAGAGACAGCUGUCCAAGCUCCUCAAGUGUCAGAAGAAUGCAGGUCGCAGCAGCAUCACCCACACGUCAUCUGAUUCAUGCAGAAGCAGCUCCAGAGCAAUGCUCAAAUCCAAACGCACGGCGAGCUCCAAAAUCAACUCCUCUGUCACCAAAAUGGACUCUUCCCAAGACAACCUCAACAGCCAGUACAAGAAGCUGCUGGUGUGAGUGACUGUUACACCUGAGCAGGGUGGUUAUACUGACCCUCAUCUCUGGGUUUUAAAGCACAGAAACACUUCAAAAACAAUGUUAUUGUGAAGUUCAAGUAAAUGCAAAUACAGCCUUCAGUGGACAUUUAUCUUUGCAUGAAUGAAGGUCACCGAAACUUCAGCAGAAACGGCAUCCAGCAACGGCCAUGACUUCUGAGUGACGUAAAAGUCCAAGUAGGGAAGGAAGUUGAGAUUAGAUAUACACAGUGGAAUUUUGCAUUUUAUGAAGUUAUACUGAGUUUUGUGGCUGUUACAUUUAAUGGAAGGAAACUGCUCCUUACCUUUCUCUCUUUUUUGUCUUUUUCUUUAAGGAUAAGCUUCUUUUUUUUGGAACUUGUUUAUUACCUGUGAACAUUUGCCAUUCGUGCCUUUUUAUUCUUCUUUUAUGUACAAGGCUUAUAUAUUUUUUUAAGUUUAUGAAUACAAAUUUAAGACUCUAAAAUAAGAUAUCAAAUAAUAUUUUAAGUCCUAAAAUGUUAAUGUAAUUUUUAACCUGUUUCCUCAGUCACUUUUAUGCUGUCAUCUAGUGUUGGAAAAGGGGGACCAUGACUUCAGUGGUGGAAGUAAAAUGUACAUACUUAAGCGCUAAUACCACAACAAAAUACCUUUGUUACAUCUUGAAAUCCUGCUGAAGUAAAACUAUUGAAAAUUUUA